AUGAACCCUAACUCCUCCACAGCCCUAUCCUCCAGAACCAGAACGCGCUAGCCUCUCUUGUAUCUCUCACACUCAGUCCAGAAUUCCUGCUCCUCCCUCACUUCCGUCCAGCCACCGCCUGCUCCCUCACUUUCCCUUCAUCGCGCAGCAGCCGUCGCAACCUUCCUUCCCCUCCAUCGCGCAGCAGCCACCGUGCGAACGUGGAAGCCUCCGUCGCGCAGUCACUUCCGUCGGCGCCAGCUCUGUUCCACUGCAGCCACUGCCUGUUCAAAGGCCGUUCGAAGCCCAUUCGAAGGUGAACCUUGUCGUGGUGUCUCCCUCUUGCGUGCUCUGUUCAAAGCUUCUAGCUUCUAGAGCUGGUCGCUGGGAGCUCACCUCGACAUCACCGCCGUCGCCGCGCCUCUCUACUCUGUCUGAGCUCGGCUGCUCGCGCGUCUCUCGCCUUCGCGUCUCCUCGAGCUGUGCUUCACUUCUUGCUCGUCAGCUCGUGUCGUCGUCCGUCCUUGCCAUCACUGCUUCUUGCUCGUCAGCUCGCUGCUCGCUGCUCGUUUUGUGUGUUUGAUCGGAUCAGUUAGUUCAACCAGUGAUCCAGUAGACUGAUCGGUUCAAUCCCCGGUUCGAUUCUGACACCUAUAAUUGCAGUUGAAUCCUUCCAUAAUCCACAAAGCCUUUUGCAGGCAAAGAUACGGUUCCGAGCAGCAGCAUCCAAGUGGGCUAUGUUCCACUACAUGGCUCUGCUGAAUCCUCCUCAUCCUCCCUCUAUCUUCUCUUCAUUCCCAUUCUUCACUCCUUCUCCGCAGUUUCUCAAAUUCCCCAGAAUCUGGAAGAACCCACACUCUCUCCCCACAUCCUUCCAGUCCUUCAACGAAGAAGAAGACGAACACGUUAUUGGCGACUGUCUCGUCUACGAGGAAGGAAUUUUCGAUGACCCCAUUUCGCAAAACCAGACCAAUUCCCACUCUGAUAAUUCUCGCACUCUCACCCCAACCAGAACCAAACCAAGUUCCAAGAAGCAGGUUCCUGAAAUUGCCACUGAAAACUUGGUUCCCGACAAAUGGAGGGAGGUUCAGGCAGAACUCAACAUAACCAAGAAGGAGAGGCGCAAGAUUGCUCAGGAGAUGGAGUUCAACAGCAAGGUUAUGAAGAAGAGACAAGGCUUGGUUCCAUUGAGGGACAUGAACCUUGACGAGUAUAAGGCUUAUAAGGAGGCCAAGUUGGCACAACUGAAACCCCUUGUUCUCGAUAACCCUUCUGGUUUUCCAGUGAAAGAGGAAGGUUCCAUCAGAAAUGGAGGUGAUUUGAAUGAUGGGUAUGAUAAUGGUGGUGGUGGUAGUCGGCGUGUAGAGCCUAAGAAUCCUAAGUGGGCUGUUUAUGGGAAGGGUUUGGACAAUGUCACUGAGUUUUUCAACAGUGAGGACUAUGACCCUGCCAGUGCUGAUACUAAGAACAACGAAGGUCACCGGAGGUUGUUCACUAAGGAGGAGAAGGCUUUAUUGAAUAAGCGAGUACCAGAUUUGGAAGCUGCUACUUCAGAAAAAUGGCUUCCGCUGCACACUCUUGCUGCAUGUGGAGAAUUCUACCUUUUAGAUUCUUUGAUGAAGCAUAAUGUAGAUAUUAAUGCUGUUGAUAAGGAUGGUUUGACAGCUCUUCACAAAGCGAUCAUUGGAAAAAAGCAAGCGAUUACUAACUAUCUCUUGAGAAAUUCAGCUAAUCCUUUCGUAUUGGAUAGAGAUGGGGCCACCUUGUUGCACUAUGCAGUACAAACAGCUUCUAGCCAGACAAUUAAAAUUCUCUUAUUAUACAAUGUGGAUUUAAAUCUUCAGGACAAUGAUGGCUGGACACCAUUACAUCUUGCCAUUCAAGCUCAGAGAACAGAUUUAGUUAGGCUUCUACUCAUUAAAGGUGCUGAUAAGACAAUAAAGAACAAGGAUGGUUUAACACCACUUGAUCUUUGCCUUUACUCUGGUCAAAGUCCCAGAACAUACGAGCUAAUCAAGUUGUUGAAGUUGCCGCAAGGGCGCACAAGACUCGAGUCCAGGUAGGGCUAAUAAUCAAUAUGACGACAGAAAGAUUUGGCGCGCGAGUUAUGAGCAGUCAUUGCGAAGUCUUGCAUGACUAUUAGCACGUAAUGGAUUCUCUCGGAUGAAAAUUUCCCAUGAUCUUGUAACACAUCCUUUUGGGGCGAAAUUUUCCGGUUUGCUCAAGGAGGAAGUGAUAAAGGACAUUAUGUAAGGAAGGCAAAGAUCACUCCAUGUAAAAUUGAUUCCUACAUGGAACAAAAGAGCAUGCGUGUUUAGAAGUUAGAACCAAUAUAGUCAUCAUAGGAGAAUGUGUGUGUGUAAGUGUUCAGUGUCGUGUAUCCAACUUCUUGAUACUCACUAAAUUCUAAUGGCAUUUUCUUUGCUCGUUUUUAUCUC